AUCUUCCUUAUAAUGAGCAAGAUGAAGAUGAUGAUUCUUCUUUACUUAAUCUAAGUGAGCAAAAUGAAUUGCAAAAUAUUUUUUCUCGUAAACCAAAGAAGUAUAAAUCAACCAUGUGGCCCUAUUUUGAUGAAGAGACAAAGGGCAACCCUGGUUUACUG